UUGGUUUAUUCAGCCUAGUAAUUUGAUUGGCUUUGGCUGCCUUAAUCCCUUCUUUUGAAUUUUCUAAUGCCGAAAACAAAAACCUAUCAAGAUCAAAAUUUCAACCCAUCGAAUUCAAAUCUAAUCAUGGAUAUUGCAUCAUUUUAAGUUCUAAUUAUUCUAAAAAAAAAACCAAUGAUUAUUAUUCUGUCAUGUAAUUCUCCUCCGCCACUGCUGCUCCAGUUUCUAGGGCUUCAAUUUACUUGUGUCGAAGAUCUUCGACAGGCCUUCAGAUUUGCUGCUUCAGUUCAAGUUCUCUUUCCUUUAAUAUUAGAGUGAUUGACUAUUAUGACUUGUUCCUCUACCGAUCAGCCAUCGCAAUUAGAGACGGCAUGUGGAUCUCUUCUAAAUGAGCUUCAGAUUAUAUGGGAUGAGGUUGGUGAGUCUGAUACUGAAAAGGACAAGAUGCUAGUCGAACUAGAACAGGAGUGCCUCAAGAUUUAUAGAAGUAAGGUCGAUGAGGCUAACCGUUGUAGAGCUCAGUUUCGACUAGCAAUUGCUGACUCUGAAGCAGAGGUUGCAGCCAUCUGUUCUGCAAUGGGUGAGCUACCGGUUCACACUAGACAGCCCGCUCAGAGAGCAGGAAGCUUAAAGGAGGAACUGAAGUCCAUAACCCUGCAGCUUGAUGAGAUGAGGAUGAGGAAAGAUGAGAAAUUGAAGAAUUUCCUUCAUGUAAUGGAGCAGCUAAGGUCGAUUUCGAUUGAGAUCAUGCCUAAUGAGUGCAGCCCAUCGAAGCUGGUUGUUGAUGAAUCUGAUUUAUCUACAAGAAAGCUUCAAGAAAUGUGCAGUCAUCUUGAGUUACUUCAAGAGCAGAAGAAUGACCAAUUGAAACAAAUUAUGGAUCAUCUGUCCACUCUGAAUUCACUAUGUUCUGUUCUUGGUGCUGAUGUUAAAGAAACACUAAGAAGCAUAGACCCUAGUUUUUAUGAAUCUGAAGCCUCAAAGAGUGUCAGCAACGUCACGAUGGAAAGGCUUGCCCUUACUAUCGGGAGAUUGCGAGAGACUAAGCUUGAAAGGAUGCAGAAGGUUCAAGAUCUUGCAUCUACAAUGCUGGAAUUGUGGAAUUUGAUGGACACGCCUAUCGAAGAACAACGACGGUUUCACAAUGUGACUCGCAAUAUUGCUGCUUCAGAAGAAGAAAUCACUGAGGCAAAAAGCCUUUCAGAGGACUUUCUAAGUUCUGUGGAAGCAGAAGUUUCGAGACUCGAACAACUCAAAGCAAGCAAGAUGAAAGAACUCAUCUCGAAGAAAAGAACAGAACUGGAAGAGCUUCGCCUACGGGCUCAUUUGGUUAUAGAUUCUGAACUUAGUGCUAUUGAAUCUGGAGCUAUGGAUUCCUGCUCAGUCCUGGAACAGAUAAAAGAACAAAUCACGGCAGCCAAAGAGGAAGCUUUUAGCAGGAAGGAUAUCCUUGAAAGGGUAGAAAAAUGGUCGACAGCAUGCGAAGAGGAAGCAUGGCUUGAGGAAUAUGACAGGGAUGAGAACCGGUACAAUGCUGGAAGGGGUGCUCACCUGAUGCUGAAGCGUGCCGAAAAAGCUCGUGCGCUGGUUAUCAAGAUUCCAGCAAUGGCGGAUACUCUGACAGCCAAAGUCACACAAUGGGAGAAACGAACGAGUAUGGGAUUCAUGUAUGACGGCGUGCGGCUUCUGUCGAUGCUGGAAGAGUACGCCAUGAUCAGGCAAGAGAAAGAGGAAGCACGGAAGAGACAGAGGGAUCAGAAGAAACUCCAAGAGAAGUUCGUAGCUAAGCAGGAAGCCGUGUAUGGGUCGAAACCGAGCCCCUCGAAGCCUCGAAGUGCCAAGAAAGCGGCGAGGACGUUGUCUGGAGGCGCACACCGGCGGCUCUCAUUUGCUGGAAUACCAUCGCAGGUGCAUUCCGCUAAGUCCCCUCGGUCGGGGAAGAAGAUAGACGAUCUCGGUGCACUUUCUUGCUGUGCGAGAGGCCUGAAUCUAGCCGGCGUUCCGGUGAAGAAGCCGUCGUAUAAUAAUACCGUGCCGGCGCAACCAGUGGGCGCCCCCCGCAAACCUUUUUCUCCCAUUCCUAUCGAUAACAUUCCGUUGGCAUCGCCGAAGCCCGCUUCCUUUAGUGAGCUGGAAGAGAACAAGAUGCCGAAUGCAGCGGGCCUGACCUCAAAGAGUAGUACUCCAACGAAAGCAGCAGCGCCGAUGCACGUCUCUGCGCCGCCUGCAUCCACUGGCCUCUCCAACGCAGCUGCGGCGAAGAGAGUGGCGGCGGAGGAGACAGAGUAUUCGUUUGAGGAGAGGAGGCUUGCACUCCAUUUCAACAGAUGAAUUCUGAGCUGCAUCAUCAUCUGGGCUUGAUCUCGACCUGUGUAAAUUGUUCACAUAAAUUCUACAAUAAAUAGCGUGCAAACCAUGAUUUUCUCU